AUGUUGAUAUGCUAUUUCCAAAACGAACUGUCCACAUGGUUUGACUACUGUGACCAGUCUCGGCAUUUUGCCAAUCAAGUUGUCCAAGCGGCAUCCAAGCAUCGCAUCAUCUUCUACGCUAUCACGGCGGUGUCCGCAAGACAUCUUGGAAUAUUAAAGAAAUGGGAUCCAUUGGCCGCAGAUCGCUACCAGGCAAAGUGUCUCCAGCACUUUAUUCCUGCCUUGGCGAACCGUGAUCCCGCUCUCGAGGGAGACUUUCUCUGCGCGGUGACCUUGAUACUGCGGCUCUACGACGAGAUGACGGUCCCCGCCGGCGAAUCACCCAGCGGACAUGUCCUCGACACAGGUAUUCUCAUCCGUUCCCAAAACCCAGAAGCGAAGGGAUACUCCCUCUGUCAGGCCUCACUAUUCGUGGCAAUUCGACAAGAGAUCUUCAUAUGCUUCAAAGCGCAGAAGGUGCCACCGCCCCUCUCCCAAUACCUCGACGACGGUUCACGGACCAUCGAUCCAGCCGACGACUUCACCUGGACGCGGCGUAUAGUGGCGCACACUGAGGACGUGCUCACGUUCGCCUAUGGCUCCCAGUCUCGUUCAAAGGAUCGCUGGGCUGAGCUCAAGGCGUAUCUGGACAGCUGGGAUCAACACCGCCCUUCGUCCUUUGAUCCUAUUUGGAGCUCAGGUGAUGGGGAGGGUGGGUUCCCUGAGAUGUGGUUUGCUAAUGACUGCCAUGUAUCUGGACAACAGUACUCAGAUAUCUGCCAUAUCCUCCUGGCUGUCCAUGACCCUCAUAUCCCCAUCCUCGGGUUAGACCGUCUCGCAGCCUGCGUUUCCGUCGACCACCUGAUCCGGAAGCUUGUGAGGAGGAUAUGCGGAAUCGUGCUCUGUGAUCGUCGAUACCUCCCCGCCGCCACCGUUGCCGGGAUGGCGAUAGCGAUGUGCGGCGAUCGGUUCACGGAUCGUAGUGAACAAGAAAAAUUGUUAGGAAUUCUGCAGGGUGCGGAAGCGCACAUGACAUGGUCAUUUCUUAUUGCGGAGGACAGGCUUCGGAGCAUUUGGGGGAUAUAA